ACUUUGUUGCGAGGCGAAUUAUGAGGAUGCUGCAGAGAAAAAAGGUGAUGGCUAAUUUUUUAGGAAGGAGGAACAAUGAAGUUGUGGCUUCUAAUCCGAGAAAUGAGGAGGAAGCACCAGAAGCUGGAGACAGAGAAACAGUGGAGAUAUUCAUAGAAAACAUGCAAAGAGAAAGCCUUGUCCGGUUUUCUUCCAAACAAGUUGCUGCUUUCACUUGGAACUACUCCACAAAACUUGGUGCCGGCGCUUUUGGUGUAGUCUACAAAGGAGAAUUUCCUAACGGGGUGCAGCUAGCGGUCAAGGUACUCAAGUACAAUAACAACGUAGACAAAAUGAUGGAAGUGCAAUUCAUGGCUGAAGUAAGUACCAUUGGAAGAACUCACCAUAGGAACCUGGUCAGGCUCUACGGAUUCUGCUUUGAUGCAAGGACGAAAGCACUGGUCUACGAAUAUAUGGAGAAUGGGUCGCUUGACAGGUUGUUGUUUGGCAACGACCAUAGAAUUGAGUGGGAAAAGUUGUAUGAAAUUGCAGUUGGGGCCGCCAAGGGGCUUGAGUAUCUGCAUCAUUACGGCCACAAGAGGAUAAUCCACCAUGACAUAAAGCCUUGUAAUGUUCUCCUUGAUUCUAAUUUGUGUCCCAAGCUGGCAGAUUUUGGACUAGCUAAGCUGUCCGACCUCGAUAGCACACAUGAAAACUUGUCGCGUGUUGGGGGCACUCCAGGAUAUGCUGCCCCAGAGGUUUGGACGACAUUUCCAGUUACUUACAAGUGUGAUGUUUAUAGCUUUGGAAUGAUGUUGUUUGAAAUUAUUGGACGGAGAAGGAACCUUGACAGCCGCUUAAGUGAGAGCCAAGAGUGGUUUCCCAGACGGGUUUGGGACAAGUUUGAUAAGGGAGAAUUGGAAGAGAUACUGGCAGACAAGGAGAUCGAAGAGAAGGACUUGGUGAAAGCGAAGACAAUGUGUAUGGUAGCUUUGUUCUGUGUCCAGUACAUCCCUGAGGCAAGACCUUCCAUGAUUGAUGUGGUAAAGAUGUUAGAGGGUGGAGUCCAAGUUACACCGCCUCCAAACCCAUUUCAGCAUUGGCUAGUAUCAACAAGUGAUGGAACCACUGAAAAUUGCACGAUCCAAUUCAUGAUAAAGCAUGAGAGUGAAGAGGUAUUUUCAGCCAGAUGA